AAAGGUUUUCAAGACCGCAAAGGUACCUGAUUCAGCUUAAUGUCAUCGUUAGAACAGCAGCUGAAGCAAAUCGGUACUGCCGAUUUGCGCAAUGUCACAGAAACCUCGAGGAAGUUUCGUUCCUCGUUUUUGUUUGAUGCCAGAGAAGCCGCUGAUCAAGAUUUAGAGACAAUCUACUCGAUCGGUCUCAAUGGUAUUAUGGAACUUCGAAUUCUCGAUCCACACUUCUCGGCUUUCGAAACAACUCUCUUUUCCGAGAAUAUGAAGAGCGUUGACCGAGUCUUGCUGUCUAAGGAAGAAAACGACAAAUUGGACGCUAGUAUCGACACCUUCCUCACCCAGCUGUCACCCUACUUCCUUCUCAAACCAGCUGGAAAGGCUCUUGAAUGGCUUAUCAGACGUUUCCGCAUCAACGUAUUCAACAUUGAUUCGAUUAUUGCGUGCAUUUUGCCUUACCAUGAAACCAAAGCUUUUGUCACCAUGGUAUCAACUUUGGACAUCGAAAACGCCUCCCCUUGGCUUUUCCUUAAGCCUGUCAAGACCAGCCGUGCUACUUUCGAACGCGACCUUUUGGUCAAGAAGAUGAGAGCAGAUAAAUAUAUUCUCAAGUUUAUCUGCGACCUGACUGCCAAUGCUGUCGACAAAUAUGUGUCCUUCAAGACUUUGUUUUCGUUCUAUGCCGCAACUUUGAUCGCCUACAUCAAACGCGAGGACUCACUUGACGAAAACACGAUGCUGACAUUGAUGCCACAUCUUUUGAAGGGAGUACGCGCAACCAAGGUUCCAGAGUACCAGAUUGCAACCUACAUGAUUCUCUCGCAAUUGGCUGUCAAGAUUCAGUUCAAUGCUGAAGCCUUGAUGGAAUUAUUGGGUGAAAUGACGGCUCACUAUAACUCGAGGUUCUUUGAACACUAUCUUCUCGCCACUGUCCAUCUUGCACAAAUGCAGGAAAACUUCUCCUCGCUACCUGAGAAAUCCUACAAUGCUCUUGCCAUCGCAAAAAACUUUGAUCAAGCUCUCCUCGGUAUCUGCAGCAAGUAUUCAGCUGAUGCAUACAUGCGCCCUCUUUUGUUCAAUAUGAUUGAGAGUGCUUUCAAGCAUCGUGAUCGCGUUGAUCUUCUUUCAGCCCUUCUUAACAAUGACUUUCAAACCAAGGAGACCAUUGUCUUUGUUUGUGACAAGAUGAUGGAUGAAUAUCUCAAGUAUGUCAACGAUGAUGGAGACGCCAAGGCUUUUGUUGAGACUGUUGCUCCAGCUCUGCAAACUCUUUCACAACGUCAUUUUGAAGCAUUGGACACCGCCUUGAACAGUAGAUUUAAGAAGUUGUCGCAAGAUAAGACCGAAUCUGGUCAAGAAGCUGCCAACCAUCUCUACAAGUUCUCCAACCUUGCAUUCCAUGGAACCGGCCAUGAAGUGAUCAAGGAAACGAACACCACGCUUUACCUAUCUCUUCAGAGCCCUUCUGCUACCGUCCGUUUGUUGGCUGUCAGAAAGCUUGUUUCUAUUGCUGAUGAUGAGGUCAACUCACUGAAGCAAUCCCAGCACACCGUUGAGUCUGCCUUGAUGUCUUGCUUGGUUGACGACAUGACUCUCUUGUCAUAUGUCUUUGAUGAAAUUCCCAACUUCCUGAUCAAGCAUGUCGAGCCUUCCAAGAUUCUUGCUACUAUCCAGACGAUUCUUGGAAAUCACCAGGUUCUCCAUAAGGUUUCGAGAAAGAUCAUCAAGUUUUUGAUUGGUCCAUUGCUCAAAGCUGCUCCCUCGCUUCGCGACGACAUUCUCAGAAUCGUGUUGGCAAACACUUUCAGCUCCAUCAGACAUUUGAGCCCUGAACACAGCAUCUUCCACCUCGUUUCAGGAUCGUCCUUGGACAAGGACACAUUGCUCCUUGGCUUUGGUGAUAUCAAGGAAAAGAUUAAAGGGCAGAAUGUGAAGGACACCAAGUUGCAGAUUGGUAUUACCGCUGACUUGGUCGACCUGUUGGCUCACAAUCUGCAGAAGCAUCGAUCCGAAGAUAAUGUACGCUUCUGGCUUGGAAUGGUGGACUCUGACCUUGCUGACGAGCGGGCUAUUGCCAUUCUUGUGGUGAAUAAAUGCAUCUCCGUGCUAUCUCAUCUUCCUCAAUAUAGUUUGGCGGUGUCUUUCAGUCAAGCGCUUAAGAAGAACGAGCUAUCGCUUAAGAGCGUCAACAUUAGUAACGUUCAAGUUGAUGACCUGCUUUCAGAGACAAACGGCCAACCUCCUAAACGACUUGUUCAGGAUAUCAUUGCUGCUAAGAAGGGCAAUACCAUAACCCAACUUGAGUUGCAGACUUUCUCACUCAUUAACGUUAUUGCUCAUUUGACUGUACCCAAGGAGAAGACACACUGGUUGGAAGCCUGUCAUAUUUCCUCACCUCACAAAGCCGAUGCUGAAGUUGAAGAAUACAAGCAUACUCUGUCUCUUCUUUUCAGCAUCCUUGUUACUAGCCCCACCGCGACACUGUACACUUUGGCCAUGGAGAAGUUGGUGUCUGUUCAUCUCAAGAGCAACAUGCUUGAAUUUUUAGCAAGAAUCUGGACUGAAAAUGAUACUGUUGCCACACCUAUCAUCAAAGGUCGCGCUCUUCAACUCGCCAGCAUGUAUCUUACUGCUCACGCUCAAGAUAAGCUAGAUUACCAAGCACUUGUCCCCAGUUUGUUGGUCCUUCUAGGUCACGAGUCAACUGCCGUUAGAAAGGAGGCCGUUGUAUGCUGGGGAAAACUUCAUGCUGUGUAUGAGAACUUGGGUGCCAUCGGUAACGACAAGUUUUACCAGAAGGCUGUCGGUGCUGAAACCAAGAAUAAGGUGUCUGCUACUGUCUAUGGCUCAAGCAUGACCCAUAUCGCCAAGCUCAGCCCCUCCGAUGCUGGUCAUUUUGUGGACCACCUUUGGUACAAGCGACGUGAACUGGGUGAAGACGCUAACUAUGUUACUGUUGUCCUUAAUGAAUACCUCGAUGCCUGCCAAGCCGCUAAGAAGAAGACCAAGAUGAACCGUAUUUUGGAGUACUUGCUCUCAUGCAUCGACCAGUACCCCACCAUUUAUGGACAGACUGUUCUUUUGAAGGAGCUUAACCUCGUCCAAUCUCCCAAGAAGAUUAGUAGCCUGCUUGACUUGCUGGAACGUACUUUGACUCGAUCUAUCUCCAAGGAAUCUACUGAGCUCAUUACUGAACUUAUUCGAUGCUUCACACCUGAGUUUGCUCCUGAACUGGGUACAGCUAAGAACGACAAGUCUCUCAAUUUGUUCUGCAGUUUGCUUAAGAAUGAGUACAACAUGCAAGUUGAUACCGAUGAUGAUGUUUGGGAAAUCUCCACUCGCCGUAUGGCUCUUCAACAGAUCACUGCUCCGUUCUUCUCAGCAGCACCAGCAAAGGCUAAGGAAACUCUGUUUGCCGUCAUGGUUGAUAUCGCUACCGAUAGUGAUCAGCGUGACAUCAAGGCUGUUAAGUCAGUCAUCAGAGAUAUUGAAAUUGACGUUACUUUGAUCGAACCCUUUUUACAAAAGACUGCUCAAAAGAUCAAUGACUUUUCGCGACCACCGGAAACCCCCCACGGAAAGAAGUCUCGCAAACAAGCAUCCCCCUCCAAAGAGACUGUGGAGUCAGACUUGUUUGUCCUCGUCACUGUUCUCGAGAUUCUCGAAUACAAGACCAUCAAGAAUGGCGUUCAACUUGCCAAGUCUUUGUUUGACGUGCUGUCUGCUUUACUCAGUGCUAAUUUGAGUGACAGCCCUGUCUCUUUGGAAUACGUCAACCAGUUGAUCCUCACUGCCUUGACCAAGAUUGUUCAAUCCAUGGAAGAGCAAAACAUUCAGCCUGCUGCCUCACAACUUCAAGUUCACCUUGUUGUCCAGUGUAUUCGCUCAACUAACAACCCACAAACACAUAAUUCUGCCUUGUUGCUGAUGGCUGCUAUCGCUUCCUUGGACGCCGAAAGUGUACUUCACAACAUCAUGCCUGUCUUCACCUUUAUGGGAGCCAAUGUUCUUCGCCAAGACGAUAACUACAGUUUCCAAGUCAUUCAACAGACUUUGAAGAAGAUCCUUCCUGCCUUGGUUGCUUCCAGCCGUAGUCGCAAGCAGAGCGAAGCUUCAUUGGUGUUGGAAGUCAAGCCAAUUCUCAAGGUGUUUGUCGACGCUUUGUCUCAUAUUCCAGAGCAUAGACAACUGCAUCUUUUCAAAACUUUGGUUGACACUCUUGGUGAAGAAGAAUUCUUAUAUGCCAUCAUCUCUCUUGUUCUCGAGCGCUAUCUCGACCGCUCCAACAAGGGAUCGUCUGAAGCCGAGUCGGUCAAGGAGUUCAGUUUGGCCAUUUCCCACGAGUUCUCCGUGCAAACUCAGUUGCACUCUCUUAUCUUGUUAAUGGAUAGCUUGCUGACCUUGCCUAAUGACAAACCACAGGAUGUUGAAAUGGCUGCCACCGCUGUCUUCAACGUUAAUGAGCACACUGCAAAGCAAUUGAGACAGUUCAAGCGUGCAUGCUUGCAGUUUGGCUACGAUUUGCUUGGCUCAAGACCUUUCCUCGAAAAGGUUGUCAGCACUAACCAUAGCGACCCUGAAGCUGAAACUGCUUUGCAGCAACAGUAUACCAAGGCUGCCGAAAGUGUAUUGCAGAUUAUUCAAUACUUCGCUCAGUAUUUGUCUCAAUACUCUGCAAGCAGCGAUGCCACCCCCGGCAUUGUCAAGUCAUGGAAGGAAACCUUAAAGGUUGCAUACAAGACGCUCGACAGAAUCAACUUGCUUCUUCCCGUUCCCGCGUUCGUGGAUACCAUCAGCCAUCUUAUCAAGCAUCAAGAUGUGGUUAUUCGUAGAAAGGCCAUGGAACUGUUCAAGAGCAGAGUCGAAGAAAUGAACAGCAAGGCUCUUAAGAUUCAUCACCACGAGCUGGUUGAAAUUGUGCCACAAUUUGCCUCCAUCGUUGACUCUGAAACCGCAAACGAUGAUGCUGGAAUCGUUAGCAAGCAAACCGCAUUGGACUGUAUUACUGUUCUUGCUCGCCAUUUUGGUUCAUCUCGUCCUGAAGUAUUCGCCGGUGUUCUGCCUAUUAUCAUUGGUGAUAAUGCCCUCAACUCCAAUAACUCCAAGGUGCAGAUUCCAAGUUUGGUGUGCCUGACGUUCAUUUGCAACGAAACUGGAACUCGCGCCAUUCCUUCUCUUCCCAAGUUUAUGCCUAUCGUGCUUAACAUGCUUGAAGCUACCACUGAAGACCAAUCUCCCGAUGUUCUUCUUCAGCUCAGUGCUAUCACCUCCCUGGAGACCAUCGUUCAUGUCAUGCCCCACUUCAUUAGCCCAUACGUUCAACGACUGUUGGCUUUGGCAUUGCACAACACCAUCCAGAGCUAUGAUGAAACCGCUGAUGAGAAGCAACAGUUGACUCGUGAGAAGGCAAACGCUUUGUUGAAUGAAAUGGCUAGCAAUGUUGCCCCUCGUGUCUUGCUUACCCCAGUGUUUGCAUACCUUGAUGCCGGCAUUAAGAAUGGCAAGGAAUCACUCUUGGCCCUCUUGAAUCUUGUUGAUAAUGCCAUCAAGUCGAUAUCGCGCGACGAUAUCACCGCUAACUAUAAGCAAAUCUUCAAGUUCUUCUUGUCGGUAUUUGACUUUAGACGAUUGCACCAAUCGGAGUUCUCAGGAGAAUCCGUUUCUGAAGUGGAAGAUCGAUCCAUUCAAGCUUUUAUCAACCUCGUUAUGAAGCUUAAUGAGACUUUGUUCAAGCCAGUCUUCUUGAAAACGCUUGAUUGGGCUACCAUUGAACUUGCUCAAGAAGGCAAUGACGCUUUGGAUGCCGAUCAAGAAUGCCGAGCCCUGUUCUUCUACAAGCUUUUGGAUGGACUUUUGGAGAAGCUGAAGAGCAUCUUCACGCCUUACUAUGGAUAUGUCAUUGAUUAUACCAUCAAGUGUCUUACCCUCUUCACUGAUGGUGACAAGACACCCAACAAUCUUUGGAACUACAUCGUGGUCACUCUUCGCAAAUCAUUCUUAUACGACAGCGACAAUCUUUGGAACGCUGAGAAGUUUGAAAAGAUUCUUCAACCUGUCUUGAGCCAAAUGUUGGUCACUGACGCUGGUGACUCUGAGGACUAUCUCGCACGCAUGAUCACUUACCAAGUUCCUUUGGUUGGUCAGAUGGCCGUUACAGUGUCUAACGAUGCUCUAUGGAAACCACUUAACCAUGGUGUGUUGAUGAAGACUCGUGAAGAUGAUCCUGAAAUCAGACUGGCUGCCCUUCGCUGCUUGGAAGAAUUGUACACUCGCCUUGGAGAAGAGUGGCUCUUGUUCUUGGCCGAAAGCAUUUCCUUCUUGGCCGAACUCAUGGAAGACGAUGAUGCUCGCGUCGAGAAGCUUGUACACCAAGUCAAUGCUCAAAUUGAGACGUACUUGGGUGAAAGUUUGGAUAAAUACUUCAAUUAGAUUACAUUAGAAGCAUCAUUGCAAUAUAAAGAACCUUUCAUUUUGUCACAAAAACCCUUUGGGC